GUCAGCGCGGUUCUCCGUUUGCAAUAAGUGCUUUCUUAUGAAAAAAAAGAGCAUUUACUUUCAUACAUACAUCUUAUACUUAUCUUUAUUAGUCGAAUGAUGAUUUUAUGUUGUGCUUGUUUAUUCUUUUCAUUUUCUAUUGAUUUGUAGUUUUUCCUUUUUUUUUUGUAGCAUUUGUCUUUCAUAGGAGUGGUUCUUUUUUUCUUUCUCUUGCAUGUAUAUAAUCGUGGCUUUACAAUUAGGAGUGACCUGUUUUUAGUACAUGUACUGAAUUGAUUGUACUCCUUUUAUGCUCAAAUCAAUCUCAUAGCGUCUAUUAAGCAAGUUCUUUUCAUUAAAGCUCACUACAAUUGCAAAUUAGAAACAGAUUUGCUGAUUUUAGAGUUUUUUUUUUUUUUUUUAAAUUAAAGGCAAUGGCAUUAAGUGGAGACCUGAAUCAUUCAAGUUUCUAAGCACUUCUGUGUAUUGAUUCAGGAUAUGGAAUAUUCUCAUUUUAGUUUGAAGCCAGCUUAAUAACUUGUGUGAUCGGUCUGUUUCCUUAACACUAAUUCUCUCUUUAUCAUCAGGUCCUAGAAUGCGAGUGUGCUGUCCGUGGUGAGAUUGUCACCCUUGCCCAGUAGUAUGCUAAUCUGCAUCAGUUCUAAUAAAUUGCAACAAGAGAUACAGACUAAACCAGAGGCUCAUCUCUUUGAAGAGAUACUGUACUGCAAUAUUGGAAAUCCUCAGUCUCUUGGUCAGCAGCCAAUAACUUUCUUCCGAGAGGUUCUUGCAUUAUUCGACCAUCCAUCCAUUUUGGACAAAAGCGAAACACAGGGUUUAAUCAGUGCGGACUCCAUAGAGCGGGCUUGGCAAAUUCUUGAUCAAAUUCCUGGAAGGGCAACUGGUGCCUACAGUCAUAGCCAGGGUAUCAAGGGAUUACGUGAUAAUAUUGCUGCUGGGAUUGAGGAUCGUGAAGGUUUUCCUGCUGAUCCAAAUGAUAUUUUCUUGACAGAUGGUGCCAGCCCUGCGGUGCAUAUGAUGAUGCAGUUACUGAUAAGAUCUGAGAAGGAUGGAAUUCUCUGUCCCAUCCCUCUGUAUCCUUUAUACUCUGCUUCAAUUGCUCUGCAUGGUGGAGCUUUGGUUCCAUGCUAUCUUGAUGAAGCUACAGGAUGGGGUUUGAAAGUAUCUGAGCUUAGGAAACAACUAGAGACUGCGAGGUCCAAGGGCAUCACAGUUAGGGCUUUGCUUGUAAUAAAUCCAGGCAACCCAACAGGACAGGUUCUUGCUGAGGAAAACCAGAAGGCUAUUGUGGAAUUCUGCAAGCAAGAAGGACUUGUACUGCUGGCAGAUGAGGUUUACCAGGAAAAUGUUUAUGUACCUGGAAGGAAAUUCCAUUCUUUUAAGAAGGUUUCCCGGUCUAUGGGUUAUGAUGAGAAGGAUAUAUCCUUAGUAUCUUUUCAGUCUGUCUCAAAAGGGUAUUAUGGAGAGUGUGGAAAAAGGGGAGGUUAUAUGGAGGUUACUGUGUUCAGUGCUGAUGUCAGGGAGCAAAUAUACAAAGUGGCAUCUGUGAAUCUGUGUUCUAACAUCUUUGGUCAAAUUCUUGCUAGCCUUGUCAUGAGUCCACCUAGGGUUGGAGAUGAAUCCUAUGAAUCACACAAUGCUGAAAGAGAUGGAAUCCUCUCAUCUUUAGCAAGGCGUGCGAAGACACUGAAAGAUGCAUUCAACAAGUUGGAAGGUGUGACAUGUAAUAAGGCAGAAGGUGCAAUGUAUCUCUUUCCCAGAAUUUGCCAGCCUGAAAAGGCAAUCAAAGUUGCUGAAGCUACAAAAACAGCACCGGAUGCAUUCUAUUGUCGUCAUCUCCUCACUGCUACGGGAAUUGUUUUUGUUCCUGGUUCUGGCUUUGGGCAGGUGAGUUAAUUACUACCAUUAUGAUAACUUUCUUUGGUUUGGAAUUCAGUUCCUUUUAAUUUUAGUCGUUCCACUUUCCGAAGUUAGCAAUUAAAAUGUUUUUAUUGAACAAAACUAAAGAUCAAAAAGAAAUCGGGUUUUGUGAAAUUACAAUUUGGUUGGAUCAACAUUCUGGUGUUAAUUGAUUUGCCUUUUCUUUAUCUUUGCUUGAUGUGUGGGGUGCACAAUACUCACUCAAGAAGAAAAGAUUCCGGCUAUUAUUACCCCUCUAACUGAUUUCCAUAAAAGUUUUUGAAUGAAUUCUAUGACUAAGUAUGAGGUAGUUUUUGGAAAACAUUUUAAAUAAAACGUGCCAUUUCUUUUUUUUCAUAUAGACAAUGGACACUUUGUUAAUGGUUCCCUAUUUUGCGCUGUUUUUUUAAUUUAAUAAAAAAGAUACAUCAAUAUUUUUGGUUUAAUAUUUUUGGUUUAUCCACCAAGUUUUUGCAGAUAUAAUGUCUUACUAAUGAGAAAAUUUUGUGAUCGUUUUUAAGGAUAAUACCUCCUUUAGUUAAUAUUAGUUGGGAUUGUUGUUUUGAUUUUUGAAAAUUUAAGUAAGAAAAUAUUAUCUCAUUUUAAAAUCAGUAAAUAUCAUUGAUAUGAGUAAAAUUUUAUAUUAAAUUUACAAAUUGUUUAUUAAAAAAUAAAUUAUUUGUUGAUAGAUUAUUUAUAACAAGAAUCGAAUUUAAACUUUAUAAACGAAAUAUUUAUUUUUUAUCUUAUUGUGUUUGAGUAGCUUGUUGGUUCACAAAUUUACUAGCUCAUGAGAACUCAUGGGAGAGGCAUUUCUAUUUAUACUUGAGCUAUGUGGUUUCUAAGGAACCAAUGAGUGUUGUGUGGUCACUAAGAAACCAAGUGCAUGGCUCUUUUAUAAUUAAGUUUACGUGAUCACUGAGAAAUUAAGUGUGUGGCUCUUAUAUAAUUAGGUUUAUGUGGUUAUUAAAAAAGUAAGUGUCUCUUAUAUGCAUUUUAAAGGAUUUUAAGACCUCUAGAUAAAAAAUUUUAGAGGAUUCUAAGACUUUUAGACAUAAGAAGCUAAUAGUAUGGUUCUUAUAUACAUUUUAAAAAGUUUUAAGGCUUCCAGACACGUACAAGAUCAGCUAUGACUUUAAAAAAAAAAAAAAUUGGUUCUAGACACUGUAAUGCAUUGGGUCCGAAAGGUUCUAAACUCUUCUCGCAGAGUAUCCGCGCCUAGUGCCUUCCAAUAACUUCCUCUCUUUGGCGUUACAGUACCCGCACCUGUUCCCGCAUCUAACUCUUCUAAAAUGUCUUUUAGAAUAUUCUAUAUACCCACGCACUUGACCUAACUCGAAGCUUAUUUAGAGUCUUCGUGCCUUUACUACCCGCACCACAUAUUUGGGGCUUUCUAGAAAUUUCUCCCUUUGGCGUUGGAAUCAUUUGUUGCCAUACAAAUCAUUAGUUGCCAUACGAAGAUUAAUGCCAAAAUGUGGUACUUGAGUAUUAAUCCUGAAAGGUGAUGUUUUGGCUGUUUUAAUUGCAAGAUCAUGAAGCACCACGAAUUUCUUAUCACGUGCUUUUUGGAGUUGGAAUUAUAGCAGGCAAUAAGCUAUUGUCUAGGAUCAUACUGGUAUCUGAAUCAAUGUUUACAACACACGUGGAAUGACUUCAAGAAAGAACAUAAAAAAAAUAAUUUGGCCUUUAGAACAAAGGGAUCAAAAUCAGACUUUUAACAACAUGAUUUGAUGGCAGAAAAAAAUAGUUAAAAACAUUAGACCAUAAGAAGGUAGCCAACAAUAGAUUACAAAUAUACAAUUGAUUCGGCCCAGAUAUGUGCUAUCGAGUAGAUUCAGUAUGCAUCACAAUUUGGAUAAGUUGGAUAGUAGACAAACAAAUUCAGAAUUUGAAUAAAAUAGGACACAUCACUCACUCCACAAAACACCCGUUACUUUAAGACAAAGAACUUAAACCAAUUCAAGGAAAUCAUUGAAUUUGACAAGAUAAAAUAUGAGUUUAGAAAAGCAAUGUGGUUAACCACGUGCUAGAAUUUGACAAAGCAAAUUAAAUCCAAUUAAAAGGUUCUUUUCUGAUAAGGUGUAAUCAAAUUAUCCAAAUGAAAAGUAGAUGAGUUU